AAUAACUCGCCCUUCAAUGUCUACUGCGGUUCAAAUUCAACUUCCCGAAGGAUUACCCCUCGUCGGCGUUUCCCUCUUGUCUACGGUUAUACUCCUCAUCUACCAGACUAUUCUGGCAGGGAGAGCUCGUAAAGCAGCGCAAAUUCCAUUUCCACAGCCCCUCGCCGAGAAAGCACAGGAAGAAGCCUCAUUUGAGGCCAAGAAGUUCAACUGCGCCCAGCGUGCCCAUGCAAACACCCUCGAAUGGUUACCUAGUGUAUAUCUAACAACCCUGCUAUCUGCCAUAAAAUACCCAGAACUUGCAGCCGGGUUAUUAGCUGGAUGGACUUUCACUCGUGUCUUGUACACCCGAGGAUACGCGAGCGGAAUUCCUGAGAAGAGAGAGGUCGGCGUUCUUGUUGGAUUCCUCUUGCAGCUGGGUUUACUUGGCACAUCCAUAGUGGUCGUGGGGAGUGGCAUGAAGGCAUACCUCGCGAGUUAGAUUCAAAACAAGGAGUUGUACUAUUAUCGUACUGAACACAUUCUGGUACUUAAUUAGAUAAACUUGAAACAUUCCGGAUUUCAAAUGAACAUUGUCGAAUAUAGAAUGGGCUUCCCC